CUGAUCGCAUGUGGAAGUACGCCACCAUGCUGUGCGCGCGAGCCUGUCCGCCGCGAAUCACACCGACCGCGCGUCGCUGCAGCAGCUCGCAGCGCCUAGCAUGUGGGCUCGAGGUAUAAGUAGGACUCGGUGCGAUAGGUGCAACUAAGCGUCCUUCUUGCUUCCCCGCCCCUUCCUUCAUCUCCCCUUUCGCCUUCCCUCAUCUCCCCGGUUACCUCACCAUGAAGGCCGUCUCCGCAGCCCUCGCUCUUUCCUCGCUCGCCGGACGCGUCGUCGCUUGGGGCGCUGUGGGGCAUGAAGCGGUUGGCUAUGUGGCGCAGGCGUUCCUCGCGCCCAACGCACUCGACUUCGUCCAGACCUCCCUCGGGUCGAAGUUCAAUGAGUCGCUUGGACCAGCGGGUCCGUGGGCGGACGAGAUCAAGAGCAAUCAUGCGUAUGAUUGGUCCUCCGCCCUCCAUUACGUGGACGCGGAAGACAGCCCUCCAUCGUCCUGCUCCGUCGACGAGGAGCGCGAUUGCGCGGAUGGAAAGUGCAUCCUGACAGCGAUUGCGAACUAUACUUCUCGCGUAGUCGAUCAGGACCUGACGGAUGCGGAGCAGUCGGAGGCCUUGAAGUUCCUUGAUCACUUCAUUGGUGACCUGGGCCAGCCUCUACACGUCGAAGCCACCAAGGUGGGCGGAAACGAGAUCAAGGUCAAGUGCAAUGGGAAGUCCACCAACCUGCACUCGCUCUGGGAUUCCGGCAUCAUCACCGUCCUUCUCAACGGCAAGAGCGCGGAGUCCUGGGCCUCUGACCUUGCGAAGAGGAUCAAGUCCGGCGGCGUAUACGCCUCACAGGCCUCCGACUGGAUCACCUGCGCUGACCCGAGCGCGACGCUGAGCCGGCGCGAUCUCUCGCUCCGCGAAGAUAUCUGGAUGUUCCUCGAGUCGCGCGCGAUUAAGCCUUUGAAGUGCCCGCUCGAGUGGGCGAAGGACGCGAACUCGUAUGAUUGCUCGACCGUCUUCACCUACAAGAACGGCUCCGACCUUUGCACGGGGUCCUAUUACGACGAUGCGGUGAAGACGAUCGAACUGCAAGUAGCGAAGCAGGGCUACCGAUUGGCGGCGUGGCUGAAUGUGCUGUUCGAUGGUGACACGAACUUGUGAUGACUAUGAUGUUAUCGCGGCGCGGCGCGGAGCAGAGAGGGCGCCAUGUAGCACUAGUUCAAAGUGCAGGAGCCCGACUGACGGGUGGCAGCUUCGUUCAUGAGUUAGACGAGGCACGAAUAAUGUCCUGUCGAGAACCAACGCUAGCACCCUGAAGUACUGAAUAUCGAGUGUUGCUCUGCAAUCCAGGUUGGAUUGAUCACGAUACAAUGUCAAAGGAAAGUAAAGACA